CAAUAGACAUAUUUUCAUGUCAUCCUCUGCAACUUCUACACCUCAUGUAUUGUCGCUGCACGCUUUGAACCGCGCUGCAUUGCCCAUUGUCGACCUGGCUGCGCCCGAGGAAGCCCCGCGCAUCCUGUACGACGCCUGUCGGGACUUUGGAUUUUUCUACCUGAUCAACCAUGGGGUACCUCAGGCCCUUAUCGACGACAUGCUUACAGAGUCCAAGGCCUUUUUCAGCCUUCCCCUGGACGAAAAAGAGAAAGUCUCCGUCCGGCACAACAAGAUCAAUCGGGGAUACACCGCCUUCGAAGAGGAGACUCUGGACCCAACUAGACAGACAAGGGGAGACACGAAGGAAGGUUUCUACCUGGGGAGGGAGGUAGCCAUGGAGAGUGAGGAGGCGCGAAGCUUUCCUUUGCACGGCCCAAACGUGUGGCCAGACCCCGUGAAGUUGCCGAGGUGGAGACCCGUCAUGAACGCCUAUUUUACUGCCCUCUCUUCCCUCGGCCUUCGGACGGUCCGUCUCCUCCUCCGCGCCCUGGGGUUGCCAGAGCACCAUCUCGACGACACGUUCACCCGGCCGAUGGCAGCGUUACGGCUCUUGCACUAUUCGACACAGGCAUCGAACCCGUCGGAAGGGGUGUAUGCCGCCGGUGCCCACACGGACUACGGUAUGUUCACCUUCCUCAUGACGGACCAUACGCCCGGCUUACAGGUCUGGCGGGGUGGGGCCGGGCAGGAAGACGGGUCAUGGCAGGAGGUGCCGGCGGUGGAAGGGGCAUUCAUUGUGAACCUGGGAGACAUGCUCCAACGAUGGACGAACGAUGUGUUCAAGUCCACAGCGCACCGUGUGGUGAUCCAGGAGGCGACAGAGGAAGGACGGUACAGCGCCCCGUUUUUUUACGAGCCCAAUUUUGAUACCUUGGUGGCCUGCUUGCCGGGCUUUGUCAAGGAAGGCGAGGUCCCCCGCCACGUCCCUAUCAAGAGUGGGGAGUACCUGUUGGGAAAGUACCGACAGACCCACAGGGACUUUGUCGAAAAAGCGGACGACAACCACACCCUUGAAAAUCACGCAGGCUAA